AUGAGCGCGGCCGAGGGGACUGGAGUCAUUCAAGUCAACUUGAACAACAGUUGGACGGCCCAGCAGCUACUCCUGCAGACGAUGGCAGAACGACGAUCGAACAUCGCUGUCUUGUGUGAAUAUAAUAGGCCGAUGGGUGACUCCGACCACUGGGUAGGAAGUCUGGACAGGAAAUGCGCCGUAUUUGCAACAAAUUCCUCGGACGUGAUCUUGGACGAGCAAGGAGCGGGCGUAGGCUUCGCUUGGGUGUGGCUGGGCGAUGUACUCCUGUACAGCUGCUACUGCACUCCAAACUGCUCAGUCCAAGAAUAUGAUCUGUUCCUGGGCCGACUGGAAUUUUCGAUCUCGCAUCAGUCAAGAACACAUGUGAACCUGAUCGUUGCAGGUGACAUUAAUUCUCAUUCCCCGGAAUGGGGCUCAAUGAGGCUAGACACCAGAGGAUCUAUGCUGUCGGACUUCGCUACGUCGCUGGGUCUAACAAUAUGCAACGUCGGUUCCAGGCCUACCUUUAGGCGGGCUAAUUCUGCCUCAAUUAUUGAUGUCACGCUGGAACGCUUUCCCUCCGGCGGCCGCCAGCUCGUCACUGACUGGUCGGUACUCGAGGACACCUACUCAGCAAGUGAUCAUCUGUAUAUAGAAUACCUUGUCUCAUCACGAGCAGCGCAAAAAACCACGCGUCACACCACGAUAGCUAGGGCACCGGGCUGGUCAGUUAAAAAAUUUAAUCCGGCAGCAGCCGAACUGUUCUUCGAACUGUCUGGACCGUCACGCUUACCAUCACCUGAAGCACUCGCUUCGGACCACGCAGAGUGA